ACUGCCAUGUACAGGAUCGUAACCAUGGAAUCUUACAAUCGGUAUUGCCUGAUUAGGCUAACCUGACCUUUUGAGAUUCAAAAUCGUGUGAGUACGGGCGCAGCAGCUGAGUUGAAUGAGGGCCCUUUAACCAUAACGACGACUUUCAUCAGGUAUGUCCUCGCAGUCCAGGAGCUCGAGCUCUAAAUACAAGGAUGCGAGCGAUACAUUGCACACGGCGGGACCUAGUAGUGCGCCCAUCAGUCGAACACAGUCGAGAUCUAGGAAUUCUGCCAAGGAGGCCCGCCGCAUCCGGGGAGAAAUCGCCUGUGCCGAAUGUCGAAGGUUGAAAAUCAAAUGCGAUAGACAAGUGCCAUGCUCUACUUGUGUCUCAAGGGGAUGUGCGGUUUUGUGUCCAAAUGACGUCCUACCACCCGGCGACAAUAGUCGACAUCUCAAUUCGGCAAUGGAUCAUUUGAAGAGGAAGAUGACGAAAAUGGAAGAACGAAUACGUGCAUUGGAAGAUGCGUUAGCCAUUGCCCAAGCGCAGGAAUCCGACACGCCUCACGUCUUGCUCUCCACACCGUGGAAACCCGAUGACGAGGAUGUAACACUUCAGGAACCCCAAGACUUCGAGGUUCCCAAUUUGGAAAAUCUUGCGGAUGCUCUAGGUACCUUGCAUAUCGAUGAGAAAGAGAAGACGAUGCAAUUCUUUGGACCGACGGGUGGCACAGAGAGCAUUCUACUGGAUGACCACCGGAAGUUGGAAGAAGCCACUGCACCUUCGGCGAAGGAGAAUAUCACUUCUGCUGACCUGCGGGCAUUAGGAAUACCGGAAGAAGCUGACUUGUUUUACUUCGCAUUCCCGUUUACCCCGAUAGGUGCACCCAGAAGUCCUGCUCGGGUUGCUCUUGACGCCGCACUCCCUCCGUAUGCCCGUGCUAUGACACUCUCCAGGACAUUGCUCGAAAAUCUCUCCUGGAUGUUCCAGAUUGUCACUCUGCGGUAUCUCACCAACGAGCUCAUCCCCGGUAUCUAUGGAUACCCAGUGACCGGUCGCAAGUCCGGUUAUGGAGCGCACGAUCUUGCUUUACUUUUAAUCGUCAUGGCGGUUGGUGCUUUAGUUGAUAUGACGCAAGCGCCUUACAACGCAGAAGCCUUGCGAUACUAUGUGAUGGCUCGAGCAGCUGCCGGGCUAGAGUCCAUGAUGGAAAAGAACUCACUGAACACAGUCCGAUUUCUACAUCUAUUAAGCAUCUAUAAUGGUCUAUGCGGCAAAGAAAGCUCGUUGCCGAAUACCUAUGCGUUACUCAAUAUAGCGGGCAUUAUGGCACAACGGAUUGGCCUACAUAUCGACCCGUCACAUUGGAACAUGGACGAGAAGACUUCCUAUGAUCGCCGUGCGUACUUCUGGAAUCUCCUACAAGGCGACUCCUGGCAGAGUCUAGGUACAGGUAGACCCCCAUCAUUGGCCAAUAGUUCAGAUCGCUGCCGAUUCCCGUCCGAGGAAGAAGAGGCCAGGUUCCAGCAAGGAGAAGUGCCCCUGGGAUUCGGGGUAUGGGGUCAUCGUCAUACCAAGGAAUGCUUGAUCCCUCUGCUCCGCUUUGUCAACGCUGCCAAACCACCUUCCUAUCAGAGGGUUCUUGAGCUGGAUAAACAGUUUCGUUCGGCGGCUCUGCCAUUAAUGGACGAUGCAGAAUCGACGUCUAUAUCAGCGUCGAUGCGUUGGUGGGUCAGGGCACAUUAUAUAGAUUUGAUUUUGAUGUUCUUGCAUCGAGGUUUCUUCGCUCAGGCGCUUGCCACACACCCAGAGAAUCCACUUCAAAGUCCAUAUGCUCAUUCAUUCGUUACUGCGUACCAUUGUGCUUGUCAUUUUAUACGAAUGACUCGGUUUCAAUUUGGGAAACAACCUCAACUCAUGACACGCGUGUGGCAAAUUUGGACAUUUACUCUCUCGGGCGCGCUCAUUCUAGGAGCGGUCGCACUUCAGCCCAAACAGGUGAUCAUCGACCCACCGCCAAGCCAGGUGUUCGAAGAAGCCUGCACACUGUUCGAGGACGCUGGGAAGAUAAACAGUCGGGCAGCUAAAGCAUUGCCGGUACUACUAAAGAUGCGUGAAAAGGUCCGAAGGAUGCAGCCUUCGGGGAGUGUAUCUGGGCAUACCUCGCCCGGAGUCAAAGAAGAUCCCAGCGUGAAUGAGGACUCAGAACAGAUAGCCAUUUUUGGUGGCAAGACCAGGUUGGUUGCCUCUACCGGCGGGACAAGUCCUCCUCCACAUGCUGCACCCGUCCAUCAGGUGCACUUAUCGGAGGUUCCACAGGCGGCGUCUCAAAAUAUACCGUCUCCUGACCAACAAUGGCAUUAUCUGCAAACAAAUCUGUCUCCGUAUCUCGAUCCUUCGGUCCCUUCUGACCCUGGUCACCGGAACUUCGAUAUUUUCGACAAUGGCCAGGGUCAAGAGGCGUGGAACGCCCCUCAGGGGUACCCUGAUACGUACCAGUACUCGGGCGCAAAUGCUGCAGAGAACUCGGACUUUAUUCUAAAUGAUUCUUGGACCGCCUUUCUUGAGGGACACGGAGCCUUACCCAAGCCAACUUAAGGACAUUGGUAUACAUCUCAUAGACAAGUUUAUCAUGUAUCUAUCGCUAUCACCAGGGCAUUUAGCAGCACGUUGGAGAUAUACAAUCACAGUGACAAUAUAGGGGGGAAAAGACAUGUACUAUAGGAUACAAUGUAGGCUGUCGUGAACGCUCUAUACAAAAUUUCGUUCUCUAUUCAUCUCCUCGUCGAUCGAGCUUUCUUUUCUGUGUAUUCGACGGUCGCAUACCACGCUCCACCCAAUAAUGUGAGAAUGAUGCC